UACAAACUCACUCUCCCAUUCAAUCACCGUAGAAGAUUACAAUCGAAGCGAAUUUCGACCGACGGUACGUCGUUGAUUUGAUCGGAAAAUGUCGUGGCAAACGUACGUCGAUGAACACCUGAUGUGCGAUAUUGAGGGACUUGGCCACCAUCUCACCGCCGCUGCCAUCAUAGGCCAGGAUGGUAACGUCUGGGCACAGAGCUCCGCCUUCCCUCAGUUGAAGCCUGAAGAGAUUAAAGCUAUCAUGAAAGAUUUUGAUGAACCUGGCUCUCUUGCACCUAUUGGGUUGCACCUUGGUGGCACAAAGUAUAUGGUAAUACAGGGAGAAAGUGGAGCUGUGAUUCGUGGGAAGAAGGGAACUGGUGGGGUUACUGUGAAAAAAACAGCCCAAGCUCUGGUUUUUGGUAUAUAUGAAGAUCCAGUAACUCCAGGACAAUGCAACAUGGUAGUUGAAAAGUUGGGAGAUUACCUUUAUGAACAGGGCCUGUAGUUCCCUGAUCAGAAUGUGGAUUUCAUAUCUUAAUUUCGGUUUGGGGCUUGCAUCUUUUCUUCCAUGACUGUGAUUUGUCAUUGGAGUUGUCGUUGAAAAUAAUGGCGUGAGGACAGAGUGAUUUUUGUUUUGAUAGGGUUUUCUUCUCCUAUUCGCUUUUGCUUUUGUAAUUUUGUGUAUUCUCCCUGCUGUUUUGCCCUUUUGGAGUUCCCUU